AUGGGUGGAGGAGGCGCGCGCCAGUCCCACGAUCCGUCCGCUAACAUCAGAACCCUCUGUGCGCUCCCUGAUAGCCUCACGCGCCGCUUCACCCUCCUGCGCUCCUCCACCGGCGAGGCCGUCUCCAUUGAGGACCUCCGCAACAGGUUCGCAGAGCAGCGCGCACGCGGCGCAGAGAACCAGGUCUCGGAAGAGGAAGAAGAAAUGAUCCUCGAAACCCUCGGCCGCCUCCGCGCCAAGGCGUCGACGACGAGCUCGAAUGCCUCCACGGCCGACGACUCGGGCUACCACGCCGGCCGCGAGUCGCUGCGCUCGACGAACACCUCCGCGUCCGCCCAGUCAAGUCUCACCUCGUCCCCCGUGGGCAAGCGGUAUAGCAAUAAUUUAUUCGGAUCCGGCAAGUUCAGGGACUACAGCUACAUGCGCAGCGCGACGCAGCAGCCGCCGAGGGGGGCCAGCGGCCGCAGGGCGCUCUCCUCCGUCUCCGUCUCCUCUACCGCCAGCAGCAGCAGGCACAGGCGCGGCGACAGGCCGUCCUCGCCAGAGGACAGUGUGCUCAGCUCGGACCUCUCCGGCAACGACCGUACGCCGGUCAUGUCGACCCCCCGUGCGCUCCCCGAAGGCCCCGCGCUGUUGGAGAACAGGCUCGCCAAGGCGCUGCCGCGGGACCACAUGCGCCGCGCGUCGUUGGCGCUCGAGGAGGUCAUUCGCGAGAUCGAGGAGGAGGCCGAGGUGGACACGGAUGGCGAUCGCGUAUUGAUGCCUCGCUCGCCCGUUUCGUACAGUGAUAGGCACAGUCGGAACGGAGAGUUUUCGGGCGAGGCGGACAACAAGACACACGACGCGACCGCGACGGCCGUCGCUGGCCACUAUGCAACGGGGACUGCGCUCACCUAUGACCAGCAUCAGAACAGCGAUACGACGCGCUCCUCGCCUUCACCGUACCCGCGCUCCGCCACGACGUCCCCUACGCCACGUCUCCCCGGCUAUAUUCCGGGCAUGCCGAGGCCGAUGACCCCCCGCGACAUGGGCUUCGACUCCGAUGACCAGUCGCCAUCGAAUUCGACCACCCCGCGCGCGACGUCCCCCCGCCUACCCGGCAUCGGCGCGAGCGAUCGCGCAUCCCCGGUCGUACCGUUCAACAUCGUCUCAGGCCUGUUCAGACGCGACUCCGGCGGCGGGGGAGGGCGCUUGCCACCCCGCGCGACGUCCCCCCUCGUCGCCGGCGCCAGCGCGCGGACGGCGAGCGGGGAAGACGGCUCGCGCAGCGGCGACGACUCGUACCUUGAUUUUGACCCGGUAGACUCGUCGAUCCUUGGCCGUCGCCGUCCCGCAUCGCCGCUGGCGGGCCCUGCUUAUCAGCCGAUGGCGGUCUCGGUCCCGUCGCGCCCUAGCACGCCGUCGAACGUCACGUGGAAGGCGCCCGCCAGCCCGCACAAGUCCUCGCGGCACGACGCGGGCAGCGGCUCGGGCCACAGCCGCAACGGCAGCUCUGUCAGCUUCAGCGACGAGUGGCAGGAGCGCCCCGCGUCGCGGGCGCGCUCGCGGAGCGGCAGCCAAUCUAUGUCUCCAUCCGCGUCUGCGUUCGCACCUUCGUCAUUGGGCCACGUGCGCAGCGGCAGCGCCAUGAGCACGACCGAUUCGCAUGAUGUGCCGAACGCGGGGAUCGAGCGGUCGCGGUCGCCCACGUCACUGGCUUCGCAGUCACGCUCCCUGCGCUCUCCCGCGCUGCCGGACUCGCCGCUCAUUGACGGCACGCGUCCCGCCGGCGACUCGUUCGGCAUGGCCGUGAACCGGCCGCCGUCCGCGAUGUCAGGAGUCGACCUCGGCUCGCCGGUAUCGUUCUCAAGCCGCGUGCUGCGCUCGCCGACGCCGACCCAGUUCGCCGCGCGGUCGCCGGUGUCGCCGACGUUCUCCGACGGGGAGAUGUCGCCCGGCAUCACGCCCAAAGGCCCCCAUCGCCCACCGAAGCACGCCCACUCGUCCUCCCACUUUUCUCUCAGCCAGUCUCAGCCGCUGCUGCUGUCCCCUAUCGGGAACUCGUCGCGUUCUUCGUUGGAGUCUGCGGGCUCCAGCUACCACUCUUGGGAGGGGGAUCAGAAGCAGGAUCGCACGGUCGCGCUGUUCAAUGCCCUCGAUCCGGAACAGCCAGCGUGGCACGAUCUCUCUGCGACGGACAAAUCCAGCUCGACGGCAGAGGUGGAGGGAGCAGAUGGCCAGGAUGGUAUAGAUCCCGAGGAGAUAAUCCAGCACUACGCAGGUCUCACCAAGGCCGAUUUCGCAGCGGUCCAGGAUCGGCUGGUAUUUGCGGCCAAGGUGAAGGCGGAUGCACCGGACAAUCGGGAUAGGAACAAUUCUGUGCGGAGACGGAGGCCUUCGACGUCCCAAUCGAACUAUUCCAACAAUGGUCGCGAUAGCAGGACCGCAGAUCCUACCAUCCAAUCACAAAUUCAGCCUCAGUCCGCAGCUUCCGCCCCACGUGCCGCCCCUGCUGACAGCGUCUCAAAGGCCAACGCCCUGCUGGAUUCCGUGCUGAACAGUAUCGAAUCGCCGCGUGUCCAUCCGAUCAACGUGCACGUCAGUAUCCCCAAGAGUGAGACCGCCGAGAUCGUCGUGCAUUCUCCCACAGACACCGAGGUCUCCAGCCCCACCCGUCGUAGACGUGCUCUGGCUGACGCGUUAUUUGGAGAGAUGGGGCCGAAUGGUGGCGCGGAGUCACUUGAGACUCCCAGGAACGGUGAGGCUGACAGUUUACCGUCUCCGUCGAGUCAGGAGACGCCGAAGGCUGCCGGCGGGUCUCCGGUGACCUACCAGACCAAUCUAGCCGACCCUUCUCUUGAGCCGCCUCCUUCGACCUCCGAAGUGCCCCCAUCCGACUCGAGUACGGUCGCUCCACCUUCAGAUGGCCCAGUUGUUGGGUAUGCCGACCACUCUGAGCUGGCCAAGGAAGUGCAGCGGAGGACAGAAGUGGCCAUGGCACAGCUGAGAAAGAUCCCGUCCAACUCAAAAAUGAGUGAAACUGCUUCCUCGGGACAACGCAAGCGGAUCACUCCGAAUCAGAUAUCAAGUCCGCGUCUGGUUUCGGCGUCGACAAGCGUCGACACUAUACCCCUCCGCUCGCCGUCAGCUGCCUCCGGCCACGCCCACAACAGCUCGAAGUUUGGUCAACGGAUCAAGAAAUUGAGAGGCACCCUUCGGCCGAAGCCAGUCCACCUCGGCGGUGAGGAAAUCACUCCUUUCCCGAUGGACCUCUUAUCGCCCACGUCAGCUCAGACCAUUCGCUACAAUCCGGUAUCGUUGAUCCCGCCUGGCGGUCCACCCGCAGCCGUCAGUGCCACUGAGCUGGGCCGGUUCAAAGUAUCUGUUCCCAGCCCUCCUGCGUCUGCAGGACCUGGCUUGAAGGGAUUUAUCGCCCGCUUCCGCAAGCCGCGCCCCAUGGAAGCAUCCUUCGAACAUGAUCAUCGAAAAGUGCCGCUCAGCUCGGCGGCACAGUCAGCGUCUGUGGGCCAGCUUCAGGAUAUGCACGAUCACGCUCAACCUUCUGCCCCGAGCGAUGGCAUGUUUCCGUCCUUGGGCCAGGCAAUGGCCCCGUCUUCUGCAUCACAAUCAGGGCCUUUGUCAUCUAAUCCCGCCAUGACUGCUUCUUCGACCGUCGGCGAGACCGGAAGGCCACCUUCAGACCAGGCUGCUCUGAAGCAGCUCUUCGACGCGGCCUCGAAUCUGGGCCUCGAUCAAGAAGCCCUCAAUGACCUCUUGGCGCGCUCGACAUCGGUGUCAUCGCGUUCGACGGCGGCCAAUGCUUCGAGACAUGCAUCCGCUGCAGCCAGCCAGAGGAGCGCUUGGUUGGACUCAUCGCUCCUGGACCGUGCCCGCUCUCCGGCUAUAUCAGAGGGUCGACCCAGCUUGGAGCAGUCGACUUCGCGGCAAACUCCCGAGCCGGCGAUCAGGCAACUGUCCUUCCGGAAACAAAGCGGCCGGAGGGACGAAACAGCACCGGAUCGCUCAGCCUCCAAUGCGGUACUCCGAAGGACGCUGAUAUUUCCUUCAGAGACGCGGCAGUCGAACUUUGACCUCAAUGCUUUGAUGCGUAAGAACUCCGCGAGUCGCCGGCGUCGUUCGGCCAGCGCGGCAUCCGUUCUUUCCACCCGUUCCGUUCACGAUCGUGCUCCCACCCCCCCGCCACCAAAGUCCCCAAUCAGCCAGCGUUUCUCCACAGACACCUCCCCUCCCGUUCCACAGUUGCCCGCUUCUUUUCUGUCGCGGGGCGAUAACGCUCUGGCUGUUUCUCAGCCUGCACUCCUUCCAUUAGAGAAAUCUAAUUCAGCUUAUGAUUCUCUUUACGAGAUGUACACGGGUGAAGCCAAACCGACAGUGACUAUAUCCGGCGAGCAAGUUGUGGACGGCACGAACCAGAGUUUGAACUCUGAUGCAUUGCCAAUUAUCGAACCAGGUCGUGCCGUAGAGGUCCUGGAGUUGGCCAACGGCGAAACCAUAUGGUCGAUCGUAAAUGGGUUACGGGAUGACGACGCUGAGUCAUUCUACCCUAACAGAGCGAGUUUUGUCUCGGAGUAUUCCUUCCGCGAACCGAGUUCCGAGGGGGUUCAGCUGUUUUUCAAAGAACAUGGGAGAAAAACAUCUAAGGAUAGCAAUUCCUCGUUUCUCUCUCGACGGAAGACCCAACAAGGUCCCCGGCGGCCCGAAACAAAGGUGUUCUUCAGCUCCUCCGCGCAAAUCGGCCGUCUCAUCGACAACAUCUCCCACGGCAUCGAGGCUGGAUCGUUCAACAUCGUGCCGACCCUGCCUACCACGGCCCCUUCCAUGCACUCUCAAUCGGAUGCCCACUGGACCGUCGAGGAACGACUUGAGCAUAUGCUCGGCUCUAUGGGGACAUCGUAA